AUGGCGCAACAGCAGCCAGCAGUGGUCAUCAUUGCGAGACACGGCCUCCGCCUCGACGCAGCAGAUCCUUCGUGGCACCAUUCGACACCCGCACCUUACGAUCCUCCAUUGACAUACGGCGGCUGGACACAGUGUCGAGCGCUGGGCAAGCGCAUUGCCGGCUUACUAGAUGCACGAGAACAAGAAGCGGCCGAUGGCAAAGAGAAGUCUGCGAGACCACAUGGCGCAGAGUACAAGGACGGCAUCGACGGCGAGGAGCGGCCGCAGAAGAAGCGCAAGCUGAAGCAUAAGGUGGUGAUCCACUCCUCGCCUUUCCUACGAUGUCUACAGACCAGCGUGGCCAUUGCAGCUGGCAUGGCACAGUACAAGCCCAGCAUUGAAACCUCCGGCCGACCCAGGACAACCAGCAGAACCCACUCCGGCUCGCCACGUCUGAGACCGGUGGACAGACCUUCUUCUCCUCGGCUACCCGCGAUCGCAGAGCCUGACCUCGCGCAUGCUCUGGCGAAGAGAUCGCUGCAGCUACCGAAGCACCACCGGAAGUCGAUGCUGCGUGUUGAUGCGUUUCUGGGAGAAUGGCUGAACCCGGAGUACUACGAUCAAAUCAUGCCGCCACCACCGAGCCCGAUGAUGAUGACUACUGCGAAAGCGGAACUGAUGGAGAACGAGAAUGUGGAGAUCUUUUCGCCCACAGUCUCGCUGAAGACUGCGAACGGGACACUAUGGAGUGGCACCAAUGCCAAUGCCACAACAAACGGGAGCAGAGAAAGCACUCUGGAUGACUGGAGUCUGGUUGAGGACGCGGUACCGGCUUCGCCGUUAUCACCCGGAUCAAGACGUAGGGCUAGUCAGAGCAGUGUGGGGAGUAUCGACAGGCCGAAGUCACCUUUCAGGCCAGGCUCAGCUUUGCAGCCUCUGACUUCAACUCUACCGAAGCAGGAGGCUGCUAUCUAUCACCCGCCGCAACCACAAUAUGCAGUAUCUACCUCAGAUCGCAUACCACGAGGCUACGUCGCGCAUGCAAAGAACGCCUGCACAAACGUGGAUUACCAGUGGGACAGCAGCCGGGCACCUCAAAACUGGGGCGAUGGCGGUCAGUUCGGCGAAGAGUGGUCGUCGAUGCACAAGCGCUUCCGCCGUGGUCUGAACCAUCUCAUCAGCUGGUACAGCAAGCAAGAUGCAGAUGCCAGAGGAGAAGAUGCGCUUGGUGUGGACCAGGCAGAUCACCGGCCAAAGUCGCGAUCCACUGAUGACGAGGAGCAGGAAGACACAGUCGUCAUCAUGGUCACACAUGGCGCUGGCUGUAACGCUCUCAUAGGCGCCUUGACCGGUCAGCCGGUCUUGCUUGACGUGGGCAUGGCAUCUCUGACAAUGGCCGUGAGGAAGGAAGACGCGCCACCAAUAACCACUUUCGCCUCAUCAACAGCACCAAGUCCCCGCGGUUCUCCUACGCCUGAACAGAUGGCCCUCAACAACGCCACCCGCCGCACAAGCCUAGACCUCGGUCUCAGCUCCAUCUACGACCUCAAACUGGUUGCAUCCACCGAGCACCUUCGCCCUUCCGGUGCGUCACCUUCAAUGCGCCCGGUCGACGCCAACAAGCAAGCUUUCAUCGACAAUUACCGCCAGCGUCUAGGCGCACCAAACCCUUCGCGGAGCAACACUUCCUCCAUGCUCGGCAGUAUCCGUCGGCCGUCGGCUGUCAACAACAUCCCGCUUGCUGCUGGGUCGCGGGAUCGUAGUGCGAGCCUGACGCCUGCUGCAAAGGUCGAUUCACCGCCUUUGAGCACAGGACUGUGGACGCCGCCGGGUGCCCGGACCCCUACUGCACAGGCUCAAACUAUCAGGCCCGGACUCGGGACUGCAAAUAGCGACACCGCCGCCAUCAGGAACGGGAGUCUGAGCGAGGAGUUGAGACGGGAUACGCCAAACCCACCGAACGAGCUAGAUGUGCAGACAGGUGGAGUCAAUGAGUCGGCGCAGAGCUCGCGACCUGGAAGCAGACACGACGACGUCCUACCCGAGCUCCCACAGAUUCCGAGCCCUGCUGACAGCGUGCCGACGAGUCUGGCGCGGGGUUUGAGUCAGAGGGGGCUGUGGGGUGCGCAGCCGAGGGGUGCGAGGGUGGAGCGGGUUGGGAGGGAGGCGCCUAAGAGGCGCUGGACUGUUGAUCAGGAGUGA